AUGUCUGCUGGCUUCAAGGAGACAACUUCUUUUGAGUGCGGCAGCGAGCUGCUGAAACGCCAAUUCCUGUUUUCACCUGGCUGGAAGAACUUGAACCACGGUAAUGAUCUGCCCUCGUCGCAAAGCAUCAGUGCUUCUGGUUCUAGAAACCAUACGCUUGUGUCCGUUGCCCUCGGUGCCAGGCCCACUUACACCUGUCGCGGCACCAAGAUCUUCGGCACUUUCCCUCGUACCGUGAGAGACGCUCUAAGACAGUCUCAAGACGAAUGCGAGGCAAGACCUGAUAGCUACAUUCGCUUCGCCUAUCCAGAAGCAUUAGACGUAUCGAGACAGGCCGUCGCAAAUUUGGUCAAUGCUCCUGUUGAUACCUGCGUCUUUAUUCCCAAUGCCACGACUGGAGUAAACACCGUCUUACGCAGUCUGAACUUUGCAGAAGGAGACGUCAUUCUUUACUUUGCCACGAUUUAUGGAGCAUGUGAAAAGACAGUCGCUUAUAUCACAGAAACGACCGCUGCCGAAUCGAUCAGGAUCGAUGAUCACAUCUACCCUGUGUCAGAUGACAAGCUAUGCGACGCGUUUGAGAAGGCAAUCGCUCGGACCAAAGCCUCCGGCAAGCAGCCUAAAGUAGCCAUUUUCGAUACCAUCGUCUCUUUGCCUGGUGUACGCGUUCCAUUCGAGCGUUUGGUCUCUACAUGUCGGUCCCAUGGCAUCUUGUCGCUUAUAGAUGGCGCGCAUAGCAUAGGGCAAAUUCCUCUCGAUCUCGCACAGCUUGAUCCAGACUUCUUCAUCACAAAUCUCCAUAAAUGGUUGUUCACGCCCAGAGGUUGCGCCUUACUCUAUGUCCCCGAGAGGAACCAAGGUCUCAUCCGCUCAACGUUGCCAACCAGUCACGGUUUUACCCCUUUGCCCAGCGGUGGGGCUAGGAUCAACAAUCCUCUGCCGCCCAGUGCGAAGAGCGCUUUUGUCGUCAACUUCGAGUUUGUCGGGACGGUGGAUAACGCACCGUACAUAUGCGUGCCUGCUGCUCUCAAAUUCAGGGAGACUAUUACAUGGCAAGGCAAGAGCGGUGAGGAUGCAAUCAUCAGCUUCACGCAGCACCAAGCACGUGAGGCAGGCAAGCUAGUGGCCGAGAUCCUGUCCACUGAGGUGAUGGAGAACGGGGAAGCAGGUGAUGAAACUGGAAAAGCAGUGAAAAUUGCUCAGUGGAUCUCGGCCACGCUGGUUGAAGAGUACAACACCUUCAUCGCCAUCAUUUUCUAUGGAGGCUCUUUUUGGGUGAGGCUCAGUGCGCAGAUUUACCUCACCAUGGAGGACUGGGAUUGGGCCGGCAAGGUUCUGAAGCAGGUCUGCGAAAGGGUCAGCAAGGGGAGGCUUCCGGAUGAUAACGCUAGAGUCACACGGCGCUUCCCUGUGCAUCACAAGUGUCCGGCGGGACCGUCAACCAGCAUGCCGCUCGGGACACGCUGA